AAGGUUGGAUUCAUGUCAUGACCAGUAAGCAGUAAGCCGCUAGCAGCAGCAGUGUUUGGUUCGAAAUCGUGAUAACGAUGGCGGCUGUUCACCUGGCGAAAUUUACUUUCCGCUGUUUCGUUCGUUUUUCCGACCGUGAAUAUUUUCGUUGAAUUGGCAGUGAAACCGUUAUAAGAACAAUGGAUGAACCUGGUGGCUCUGUUGGAGAUGGCGUUGAGAGUCCAGAUGAUCAAGAAGAAUCUUCCUCAUCUUCGAUUAUACAGGCCGACGACACUCUUGCUUCGUUUCGUGAACAAUGGCAGAAAGAAUUGGAAGUAUCGCCAAAGCACAAUCGUACAAGACAUCAAAGUUCCAUGCAGGAAAAUAGUCUCCAAGACAACGGUGACAAUUCCUCUAUUGAAAAUAAGGCAAAGAAUCUGUUUAUGAAGGGAAUAGAGCACGAACAGAGCGGUCGUUUGUACGAAGCCAUCCAAUUCUACAAACGUGCAGUUCAAUUGAUACCCGACAUCGAGUUCAGACUCUAUGAAUCGACGAAACCAAAAAAUCGAGAGAGGUCAGAAAUUGAAGAUCGAAUAGAUGUUGGGGAAACUAUAGGAAACGAUGGAAAUGAUACGGACGACGACAUAAAUGAUGAGGACGAGGAGACCGAUCUUUUUGCGAAAUUGUCUAAAAUCGUCGCUCGCAAUCAAUGCGUUUGUUAUCCCCGAUUCGAGCAGAGUACAACGCACAUAUCAACAUUGCCCAUGGAAAUUGUACUUUACAUCGUACGAUGGGUCGUGUCGUCCGAGCUCGAUUUACGUUCCUUAGAAAUGUUUUCUCGUGUUUGCCGUGGAUUUUUUAUAUCCGCGCGUGAUCCUGAGAUAUGGCGACUGGCAUGUGUAAGAGUGUGGGGAGUAAAUUGCGGAAAUUACGAGCCUAAAUACACAUCAUGGCGAGAAAUGUAUCUUCAUCGUCCGAGGUUGCGUUACAACGGCUGUUACAUCAGCAAAACAACGUACAUUCGUCACGGUGAGAACAGCUUUCAGGAUCAAUUCUAUCGUCCCUGGCAUCUCGUCGAGUACUACAGAUAUUUCAGAUUCUUUCCCGAGGGUCGUGUUCUUAUGCUCACUUCGACCGACGAUGCUCAGAGUUGUGUGAACUCGUUAAAAUAUCGGGCACCAAAGAAUUCUUCGGUUCUUAUUGGCCACUAUCGGCUGCACGACAAUUGCGUCACCCUCGUGCUCAAGAAACAGAUUAUCAAGGGUACAAACGUGACCGAACGUACGUUCAGACGAAAAAAACGAGAGGUCGUUCACGACAGCGGCGAACAAUCUUUUCACGUCAAAUUCGAGAUACAGAAUCAUCACAAGCGGGUGAAUUCGCAAUUGACGUGGCUCGAGUACAAUAUAUUCACAAAGUACAAGAACGGACAGGAGGGCACCGCCUGUCUAUCAGUCAGCGGUCGUUAUCCCUUGUGUAAAUUCAUCCGAGUGAAGAGUUACAGCCAAGAGAGCGAGGCUCCGCUGCAGUGAUCAUUCAACAAAGAGGGUGGCGGACGAAUGAAUAAAAAAACAAUCCAGUCAAGAAAUAUGGGCAGACUUGAAACGACGAAAAUGUGAUGCUGGUUCAUCAGUAACUUGAGGAAAAGGGAGCAAGGGCAAAUUGAAGGAAGAAUGGAGAACGAGAAAAGAAAAAUAUAUUUAUUAUCUGCUAAAAAUAUUUCGCAUUUCCUUCACCGCGUGUGUCAAUAUAUAUGAUUGAAAUCAUACGGACAGAUGAUGAGCUGACGGCCAAAAAAAGAAAAUACGAUUAAGAUGGAAUUGAAAAUUGAUUUUAUUUCAUUUACAUCGUUUUUUGGUCAGUCCUGAGAGCUUGUCUUGCGCCAACAGCUGAACAAAAAUUUCUCUGUACGUUCCUUUGCAAUUUCAAUAUUUUGGUGUGAAGCCGAGAUUGAAAACUAUCGUUUUUUUAGCGAGAAAAAUUGAAAUAUUAGAGAAAGAGGAGGAAUGAAGGAAUAAAUUUUAUCUGUAUCUACGUCAUAUUUGUUCCUUUACAUUUUUCCCUUGCGAUCGCAGUCUCGUAUUAAUACUACGUCUUUUUUUUCGUAAUCAAUAAAUUUUACGCUUUAUCGAAGUAUAAAAUAUUGCUUGAACGAUCGGCUUUGCGGCAAUUGGAGAAUCCGCUGCUGACGAUCUUUUCUUUGUUUAAAUUUUCUUUUCUCGUGUGCUCCGCAAACACGAUCGGACAACAACAAUUGCCUAAAAAUUUACACUCUGUUAAGAUACCUCGACGAUCUAUAAUAGUGCUAUUAUAGUUUGUUUUUCUAUUAGACAUAAUUCAACUAAGCGAUCGACGAAGCGACGUGAAAAUUCACAAGAACGUAUUUUCUGUUUUCUCCCUCUUUCUCUUUCUCAAUGAUCGAUUAUAGAAACAACUUUUGUAUUUUCUCUAAACAAUUUGGGUCUCGAUAGCGUGGAAGCGCUUAUAUACGGUAUAUUUCAUCUUCAUUUUACAUUUUUAUUUUUUCAUCUCACACGUGCUUAUCUGAUUAAAACUGGUUUGUUGCAAAUAUUCGUAAACCAACGAGAACACGAUGUAUUUGCGUUAUUGCAAUGUUACAAUAAAUGAUAAUUAUUUUUGAUGUGCUUAAAA